AUGAGCUCUUUGUUGUCAGAAAGUGACCUGAAUGACUUCAUCAGCCCUGGACUUGCGUGUGUCAAGCCCACAGAAACAAUCAAAGAAGAUGCCAACCCUGGCAAUGAACUCGAAGUAGGUAAAGAAUCAAAUGAACUCGAAAAGGUAUCGAUAUCUCUGCAAGACUGCUUAGCAUGUUCGGGAUGCAUAACCUCCAGUGAAGAGAUUCUUUUAAGUCGGCAAAGCCAUACUGUCUUUCUGGAGGCCUGGAAAAAACUCCCAGAAGAUGCAAUGUUAGCAGUCAGUAUACCUCCCCAAUGCCGCCUCUCCUUGGCCCAUUAUUACAAUAUAGCCCUCGAUGUUUUUGACAAGAGCUUCAUAAACCUAAUGAAAUCACACUUUAAAGCAGAAUACGUGGUGGGUACGCAAGUUGGUCGCAGCAUUACCAUCAAUCAAACCAACAAAGAACUCGCGCAGAGGAAGCAAACGAGCGGGACGAAGACGCCUGCACUUUGUGCCGUUUGUCCUGGCUUUGUUCUGUAUGCUGAGAAAACUAAACCCGAGCUGGUGCCAUUUUUACUAGACGUGAAAUCUCCUCAACAGAUCACUGGCUCUUUAUUGAAAAGAGUAGCGCCUAACGUUUAUCACCUUACAGUUAUGCCAUGCUUUGACAAAAAGUUGGAGGCGAGUCGAAAAGACAGUGAAGGAGAGGUAGAUUGUGUCAUUACGCCCAGGGAGCUCGUGACCAUGCUCCAAGAACUCGACUUGGAUUUGAAGGCAUUUGCAGAUGACGUGGAUGAAAUAGCGAUAAAAAAAAUGUGUUCUCCACCUGGUUGGGACUACGAACUACAUUGGGCAUCUAAUGAAGGUAGCGGUUCCGGAGGAUAUGCCUACCAGUACAUUUUGCAUCAAGGUAAGUUAUAUCCAGACGCUCAGAUUGUUACGAUCAACGGAAAAAACAGUGACAUAAGAGAAUACAGAUUGAUGAAUACUGCUGAAGAUAAAAUAAUUGCUUCUUCAAGCGAGCUAUACGGUUUCAGAAACAUUCAGAAUAUGGUACGAAAACUGACAAAUACCAAAACUACGACGAGAAACGUCAAGGUGCUACGGAAAAGAACUCCUGGGAAUGUAAAGGGCAACACAGGAACCGUUUCGGCAGCAGAUCCUAGCAAGACAGAUUUUAUUGAAGUUAUGGCAUGUCCAGGCGGGUGUAUUAACGGUGGUGGACUGUUGAAUGGAGAGCAAAAUAGUAGCCGGAGACGGGCAUUGGCAAAGGAUCUAGAGAGCGAGUAUGAAGAAAAACUUCCGCGAAUUUCGUGUACCGAAGAUGUGGAUGACAGAACGAGUUACAAGUAUGAGUUUACUCCGAUUGAAAAGUCAUCCGAUGUAGUCACUGUGGGUAAUACCUGGUAA